AUGGCGACUUCUCCUCCCUCCAAUACCGACUCACUCUAUCGGCAAUUCACUCAGAAACCGAUCAACAGAUCUCCUUUCGAUGUCCCCAUAACUAUAACUGAUCGCAAUGGUACACUUAUCCAUGAGCAAGAAGGCCAGGAACUACUUUACACGAUAGUUACCCACAAUGACGUUGAAUUUCUCGAGAGAUACUUCGCUAUUGACCCUCGGGCCAUCCCAAACCUUUUCCAGCUUCCUGAUGGUGACGAAGCCAUUUGUGACUUCGGCGAUUGGUUCCGUUUCGCAGCCGAAAGUGGCAGUCUCGGCACACUCCAAACGCUUUUGGCUUACACAACGAAAGGACUUGAUAAGACGAAACCUAUCAGGUUGAUGAGGGCCAAUUUCCAGCUCUUGAAUGUGGCCGCCCAAUUCGGGCAUAUUGAGAUCGUGCAAUGGCUCCUCGACACCCAGCCACUGUACGCCAGUAUUCACGAUCGAGACUUUAGAGGCUUUACAGCGCUUGCGGCCGCUGCGGAUCUCUUUUCAUUUGCAUAUUAUCUUUCCCCACCCUGGAACGAGAUCUGUUAUGAGAAUAAUAAGGCGGUAAUAAAUCUACUGCUUGAUCAUGGCGCCUGCGCUUCUGAUGUUGUCCACCCGACGAACGAUAAGGGUCAAAAGCGCCCUAGUGUUCUAACUUUGGCUGCGCAGUGGGCAAGUACCGAUUUACUUGAAAGGCUCAUCGAUGGAGGCGCCGACGUCCAUUACAAGGUAGCAGCAGGCUCAUGGGACCUGGGCUUUGGGUCUCAACGUGAUUUACCCGUCGAGGUGGAGGUCACUGCACUGUUUCUUGCAUCGUUCCGAGCAAACCCCAGCGGCGUCAAGACUCUGGUUGAUCGCAGAAAUGAUGGAGUUAGUAUCACCGGCAUGGUGUGCUCUCCAGACUGCGUUGGAAGCCUCCCUCUUCACUGGGCGGCUCGAAACCAAUUACCGGAUGCGCCUAGUGCUAUCCCAGCAUUGAUGCUCCAUGAGAGAGCUGGAAAUAUCACCCGCACCAUUGAACAGCUCUUAGACUUCGCUCCCACUACGGUCAACACCCAAGAUAAUGACGGAAAUACAGCAUUACAUUACGCCACCCAAUACUUCGGCAAGAAUGGCAAGAUGUAUACACCUAUCUUCGAACUCCUAUGCAGCCGCGGUGCGGAUGCCGCCCUUCGCAAUUACAAGGAUGAGACGCCUCUACAUACUUUGUUCCAGAGCUAUAACGACGACGCACCUAUUGACCCAGUCACUGUAUCGCUUUUGCUCACCCACGGCGCCAAAACUACAGACGUUGAUGAUGCUGGAAACACGCCACUGCAUGCUGCGUGCUCUAGCGUAAAGUUUGGUAGCGAUGCUAUCUCACUCUUGCUCCAGUAUGGCGCUGACCCUGUUCUGCGAAACUCCAAGCAAGACACACCUAUCCAUACAAUUGCUUAUUUUCGUUGCCCCCGAGACAAGUCACGCAGUGAAGCGGAUGAGCUUAUGAGAGCACAAGAUGAUAUACUAGAUACAGUGGUGAAAGCUGGAGGGGCGCAACUGAUGGACCUCCAAAACGGAGCUGGGAAAUCGGCUCGACAGAUAUAUGAUGAUUCCAGGGCGGAGUGGCUUGAUGGUGCUCGCGGGAAAUAG